AUGGGGCGAUCCCAGCGACCGAUUGAUUUCUUCUCUCCGCCCCACUCCCCCUUCCACUGGCAGACCCUCCUCCAAAACACGCUUGCGCCGUUCCUCUCCCCGCUCCUCCUCUCCCGUCCCCCCUCCGCCGCUGCGCGCCAAGCCGCGCCAAAAGGCACUGCAGCUCCCUGCAACGUGUCCGCCGCACUUGCCGCCGAGGCAGUAGCGUAUGAGGCCGCCAGCGGUAGCGGCGGAGAAGGCGGAGGGACGAGCGGCGGAGACGGCAGAGGGGCGAGCGGUGAGGCGCCGCUCCGGGAGCAGCCGCUGGGUGCGGCGGGCGACGUGUCGACGCCGGAACAACUAGCGCGAUACACGGAUAGCAUAGAGGCAAGGUACCAGCGGAACCAGUCGGACGGGAAUGUAGCGAGUGUGCUCGAGGCGGAGGCAGCGCAGUGGAAGCAGCGCACGUACCAGCAGAGAGGGUUCAUCUACCAGUUCAGCGCAUAUCGGAUUAAUCCCUCCCGCUUCGUCGUACUCGGUAUAAGCAGGCUUGAUUUCCAAUGGCAGGAGGGAGAGGGUUGUCGAUGGGUGGGGCGAGACGGGAGCAGAGUGAACGGUACAGUGCAGUACAGGGACUUCAUGCGUCCCAAAUCCAAGACUGACGCGUUAGCAGCGUUUUGCCAGCUGGCAGGCAACACGUCUCAGGUGGGCGGCUAUCUGGCAAUGACCAUGGAUGACGUGGAGGCUGCCGUUUUCACGGAGGAGCCAGGGGAGCCCCUGGAGCCGCCACCAGACGACGCGCUCCCCGUGCUCCUCACGUGGUGUUCGCAGCCGCUGUAUGGCGAGCUGGACGCGGGCGUGGUGUGGGCGUGGGCGGAGUACCACCGCGUGCACGCCCCCGUGCACCGCUUCCUCUUCUACGACAUGGCCGCCUGGACACCGCUCCUCUCCACGCUCUUCCGCCCCUACUUCGCUGCGGGGAUUGCUGAGCUCACGGAUAUGUCCGCUGGGCACCGCCUUGGGUUCCAUGCGGGAUCGGGCCCUCGGGGGUUCUUGUCUAAGCACCAGACACUGGCGGGCAACGACUGCAUAUUCCGCUCGCUGGCAUCGUCCCGCUGGGUGACUCUGCACGACACCGACGAGUUCCUUGCCCCCGUGCCGCCGCACUCCCUGCCCUCGCUCCUCGCCACCCACCGCCACGCGCCCUGGCUCUCCCACGGCGCCCUCGUCGUGGAUUUGACUGUGUGCGAGGGAGAGGGGGGCGUGGAGGGGAGUGCAGGGAGGAAUGGCAGUAGAGCUGUUGGUGAAACGGAAGCACGUGACGCAUGGGGGGUGGACACAGACGCAGAAGGAGAAGCAGCAGGAGUGGAGGAAGAGGCUAAGAGGAACGGUGUGGAGGUGUUGUCAAAGCUUGUGUUUCGGCAGCCAGAGGUGUGGUGCAUGCAGGACGGGUCGCAGGAGCGGAUAGAUCCGACAGUCUGUGAGGACUGGCGCGGGCACCGCAAGGUCAUUGUCAACCCCAGAAAGACGUCAGUGAUGUCCAUCCACAUGGUCAGAGAGCCACAGACGGGCGGCGUGGUGCUCAACGCCGCCACUCACCUGCGCCACUACCAUAUGUCUGGAGUGGUCAACCCAGUCAACGCGCGCUGCAGCACUGUUGUGCUGCCGGGGGAGUCCCACGUGUGGUUUGUGAGGGACACCACUAUUGCUGACCGGGUCCGGGUGAUAGCUAAUGCGUCUGCCCUGCAGCCUCUGGUCGUAUGA